UCAGGCGGCACAGCGACCCCCAGAGGACGUGUGGCCGCAUUGCAGUCUGCGCACGCUGUCGCCUGCUGUGCCCCCCACAAGUAUCUGGGACCCACAAGUAUCUGGGACCCACAAGUAUCUGGGAGCCCGGCAACACAAAGACAGCCGACUGGAAAAAGUAUCAAUUUUCCGUCAUGGUCAACCAGGUUCAGCGAGCCGAUGGCAGCUGGCAGUCGUGCAAGAGUGAUUCCAGCGGGGCGGGCACCAGCGGCGGCGAGAGUUCCAAGGAAAGUUCUCGCUGUUCCACGCCGGUGCUGGACGCCGACCGUUCGGACAGGCUGCGGGACAAGAUGAGGAGGAGGAUGGAGUCCGGGGAUCACUGGUUCUCCCUGGAAUUCUUCCCUCCGAGAACGGCCACCGGCGCUGUCAAUCUCAUAUCCAGGUUUGACCGUAUGGGCUCCGGGGGGCCGCUGUUCAUCGACAUCACCUGGCAUCCAGCGGGAGACCCGGGUUCGGACAAGGAAACGUCCUCCAUGAUGAUCGCCAGCACGGCGGUCAACUACUGCGGCCUGGAGAGCAUCCUGCACCUCACCUGCUGCAACCAGACCAGCCAGAAGAUCUCGGGCUACCUGGCCAAAGCCAAGCACCUGGGCCUUAAAAACAUCAUGGCGCUGAGAGGAGACCCCGUGGGCACGGACUGGGAGGAGGAGGAAGGAUGCUUCAACUACGCCAUAGACCUGGUCAAACACAUCCGCUCCCAGUUUGACGACUACUUUGACAUUUGUGUGGCAGGCUACCCCACUGGACACCCCGAGGCGGGGAGCUACCAGGAGGAUCUGCAACACCUGAAGGAGAAGGUGGACGCAGGAGCCAACUUUGUCAUCACGCAACUUUUCUUCCGGGCCGAAACCUAUCUGAAAUUCCUCGACGACUGUCGGGCGCUGGGGAUCACGUGUCCCAUUCUUCCCGGGAUCUUCCCCAUCCAGGGCUACCAGUCCCUGCGUCAGCUGGUCAAGUUGUCCAAGCUGGAGGUGCCGGAGGAGAUCACCAAAGUCAUCGAGCCCAUCAAGGACAACGACGCGGCCAUCCGUAACUACGGCAUCCAACAGGCGGUGGAGAUGUGCCGAGUGCUGCUGCAGAGCGGCAAGGUGCCCGGUCUGCACUUCUACACCCUGAACAGGGAGGUGGCCACCAUGGAAGUCCUCAGGCAGCUGGGACUGUGGAUAGAAGACCCCAGGCGGCCUCUUCCCUGGGCGGUGAGCGCACACCCCAAGAGGAAGGUGGAGGAUGUGCGACCCAUCUUCUGGGCAUCAAGACCCAAGAGCUACAUCUACAGAACCCAGGAGUGGGACGAGUUCCCUAACGGCAGAUGGGGGAACUCCUCGUCCCCGGCCUUUGGGGAGUUAAACGACUACUACUUGUUCUACUUGAAGAGCAAGUCGUCCAAAGACGCCCUGCUGCAGAUGUGGGGCGAGGAGCUGAAGAACGAGCAAAGCGUGUACGAGGUCUUCACCGGCUACCUCACAGGCCAGCCCAACCUCAAAGGACACAAGGUCAUGUGUUUGCCGUGGAACGACGAGCCUCUGGCCCAAGAAACCAACCUGCUGAAGGAGCAGCUGGAGAAGGUGAACAGACGAGGCGUCCUCACCAUCAACUCCCAGCCCCGGAUCAACGGCAAACCCUCCACCGACCCCAUAGUGGGCUGGGGACCUCCCGGAGGUUACGUCUUCCAGAAAGCCUAUCUGGAGUUCUUCACCUCCAGUGAAAAUGUGGACGCGCUCCUCAAAGUUCUCAAGAAGUACGAGCCCCGUGUCAACUACCACAUUGUCAACGUGCACGGCCGCACCCUCACCAACGCCCCCGACAUGCAGCCUAACGCGGUGACGUGGGGCAUCUUCCCGGGCAGGGAGAUUGUGCAGCCCACCAUCGUGGACCCGGUCAGCUUCAUGUUCUGGAAGGACGAAGCCUUCGCCCUGUGGAUCGAGCAGUGGGCCAAACUGUACGAGGACGAGUCUCCUUCCCGCAUGAUCAUCAAGUACAUCCACGACAACUACUUCCUGGUCAACCUGGUGGACAACGACUUCCCGCUGGACAACUGCUUGUGGCAGCUGAUUGACGACAUGUUCCAGCAGCUGGACGCUCCCGAGCAGCCCUAAACGUGAGCAGGACAUGCUUUUUAAUGCUGCUACUCAUGUGGAUAUUUCUGCUUUUUAACUGCACAUUCAAAACGGAUUUUUUUAGUGGAUUUUUUUAAACACUUUCCUAAAGUCUGAUCCAAGUAGGUGCAGUAUUUGAUGUCACGCCCCCGAGGAAGAAGACACUUUCAUGGGGCUUUAACAUUGUUGGAAGUGCAGCUCUGCAUAACCAUGCUUAUUAGCAUGAAACACAACAGACUACGGCACACCACACCCUCACCACACCCUCAUCACACCACACCCUCAUCACACCCUCAUCACACCCUCAUCACACCACACCCUCAUCAUUCACCUUAAAUACCAGGCGCUGUCUGAAUGCUACACAUUGUCUGCCAUCUUGUGGACAGAGUGAGUAAAUCAGAUCAAUGACCCCUUGAAAGUACUUUAAAUAAAUGUCAGGGCGUCCCGAUCCAAUAUUGAUAUCGAAUAUCGUUCCGGACGAUAUCGACUUGCAUUUAAAAUCUCCGAUACAAGCGAUCCUGCAGCGUGUUUGUGUUUACAUUUAAAUGUCUUCCAAUGAGCACACACCAUUUCUUCAAUUUUAUUCAAGUCAUUUACAAAAGGUAAACAUGCUAGGCUGUAGGCUACUAGAAGCUAGCAGCUACACAACAGCCAAGCACAUAAGCAACAAUGGAACAAUAUUGCAGUGUAAAACAGCACAUUUGUCAAUAUAAACAAGUGUCAAAUAAUUAUAGUUGCAUAUUGCUUACACAUACAAAGUCUCCAAAGCAGUAUUAGAAAGUAUCCGCUAACAAACGUGUCCGCAUCAUUCAAGUUACUGCGCCAUGAACUUAUUGUGACCAAAAAUGAUGACUAUGUUACUUCAACUUAAAGACAACAAAAGUUUAGGUUAUUGUUUUUCACAUUGUUCUCUGUGGUCAGUUCACUUGAUCAAACCUUUUCUAACAUUCUGCAAUAAACGCACAGCAUUUACUUAUAUGACACAAUCCAAACAACCUUCAUGUCUGUUUGACUUUUUUCCCAUGAUGCACUCCAAUGGAUUUAAAUGAGUGUAAGUUAGACUUUUUUUUUAUAGUGAGCAGGUUGUGUUGUGUUGACCUUUAUGUUAGUUGCAUGUUCUUUUCUUGCACCAUGACUAGGGAAGGUUGUUUGGAUUGUGUCAUAUAAGUAAAUGCUGUGCAUUUAUUUCAAGUACUUUCAAGGAGUACUUGAAGCUGCUUUAAGGAGUCCCAAAAGUAAAGAAGGUAUAAGUCAAACACACAUCUUAGUAUGAAAGAUAGAUCCAUGAUAUGAUAUAGUAUGUACUGUACACAUGAUAUGAUAUAGUAUGUACUGUACACAUAUGAUAUAGUAUGUACUGUACACAUAUGAUAUAGUAUGUACUGUACACAUGAUAUGAUAUAGUAUGUACUGUACACAUGAUAUGAUACAGUAUGUACUGUACACAUGAUAUGAUACAGUAUGUACUGUACACAUGAUAUGAUAUAGUAUGUACUGUACACAUGAUAUGAUAUAGUAUGUACUGUACACAUGAUAUGAUAUAGUAUGUACUGUACACAUGAUAUGAUACAGUAUGUACUGUACACAUGAUAUGAUAUAGUAUGUACUGUACACAUGAUAUGAUAUAGUAUGUACUGUACACAUGAUAUGAUACAGUAUGUACUGUACACAUGAUAUGAUAUAGUAUGUACUGUACACAUGAUAUGAUAUAGUAUGUACUGUACACAUGAUAUGAUACAGUAUGUACUGUACACAUGAUAUGAUAUAGUAUGUACUGUACACAUGAUAUGAUAUAGUAUGUACUGUACACAUGAUAUGAUAC